AACUGCAAGUCCGGGCGUGUUCCAACUCAGGUAGCGUACUACUAGAGAACAGCAGGCGGCUCUGCCCUGCUCUUCUCGCCGGUGCCUUCUGCUCGGGGCAAACUCCUGCAGUCCUCCCCGUCUCCCACGCUUCCCCCCUCUUCGUCUCCGUCGAGAACAAGCAACCAGGAGAGGAGAGGAGAGGAGCGACGAUGCAGAUGAAGCAGAAGAUGUACGAGAUAUACAAGGGGACGGUGGAGCGGGUCACGGGGCCCCGCACCGUCUCGGCGUUCCUCGAGAAGGGCGUCCUCUCCGUCCCCGAGUUCAUCCUCGCCGGCGACAACCUCGUGUCCAAGUGCCCCACCUGGUCCUGGGAAGCGGGCGAUCCGAGCAAGAGGAAGUCCUACUUCCCCGCCGAUAAGCAGUUCCUCGUCACCAGGAACGUGCCUUGCCUAAGACGGGUUGUGUCAAUCGAGGAGGAGUAUGAUGCAGCACGAGCUGAGGUAGUUCUCGAUGACGAUGAUGGUGACGAAGGCUGGCUCGCAACGCAUGGGGUGGAAGCAUCGAGUUCGAAAGAGGAGGAAGACAUACCGUCUAUGGACACGUUGGAUAUAGGGAAAGCCGAAGAGAUAAAGUCUAUCCCUUCGUACUUUGGCACGGGUGAGAAGCAGGAUGAGGAGGAAGAUAUACCUGACAUGGACACCUAUGAAGACACAGGGGACAAUUCGGCUACCAAUCAGCCAUCGUAUUUCAUCGCAGAAGAACCUGAAGAUGACAACAUCCUUCGUACUAGGACAUAUGAUAUCAGCAUCACAUAUGAUAAGUACUUCCAAACUCCACGUGUCUGGCUUACGGGAUAUGAUGAGUCAGGAAUGCCGUUGGAAGGUGAACUUAUGUUUGAAGAUAUCAGUCAAGACCAUGCACACAAAUCGGUGACCAUCGAAGACCACCCUCACUUGUAUGGAGAAAAGCAUGCUUCAGUGCAUCCAUGCAGGCACGCUGCUGUGAUGAAAAAGAUCAUCGAUGUUCUAGUCUCUCGAGGAGUUGAACCCGAAGUUGACAAGUACCUUUUCAUAUUUCUGAAGUUCAUGGCUUCUGUCAUACCCACCAUCGAGUAUGAUUACACUAUGGACUUCGAUCUGGGCAGUUCAAGCAGCUAAGCCAUCUAUAAAAGAAACACUGAAGCUCCCAAGGAGACAGGCCAAGGCUGGUGGUCAUGCUGCCGAAUAAUCUAUGCUCUUAGGAAAGAUCUGUACAUUGUGUGAAUUUGUGUUCGUUCUUUUCGUAUGGAAACGAAGUUGGAAGUGUAAACUUGGUGAAAGCUCAGGGCCAAUCAUUCUCGUACGGUGCAGCACCGUACUGAUGUACAGUAUAUGACAAUUCAGAUUCGUUUGCGUUCA